AGAACAAGCAACAUUAAACUCGUGUUGAAGAUGAGAAGAAACAAAGAGGCUACACUUCAGCUUUUAUCAACUCUAGAGAGAUUAUUUAGCGAACACGACACAACUCCUGCCUUUCUUCAUUAUAUCCUGGCUCUUGACUGUCAAUUCCUCUGUGAAAGCGAUCAGGAAUAGCGGACUUUUACCGUGUUCAUAUGUAAACAGGCCUGAUGGAGGAGACACAUGAGAAAAUCAAAGAAAACUCACUGAAGAGAAAAGACAAAAAGUGUGUCACCUGCACUCAGUGUGGAACAAGUCUCUUUAACAAACAGAGUCUCAGAAAUCACAUGAUGAUCCACACUGGAGAGAAACCAUUCACAUGCUCUCAGUGUGGGAUGAGUUUCAGACACUCAUCAAACUUUGGUAGACACAUGUUGGUCCACACUGGAGAGAAAACACACCAAUGUGAUCAGUGCGGGAAAACAUUUUUGAGGGCUUCAGCGCUAAAGAGACACCUUCGAGUUCAUACAGAGGGGAAGCCUUAUUCAUGCACUGUGUGUGGAAAGACUUUCAGACAUGAAGACGGUUUUAAAAAUCAUCAGAAGAUCCACACCGGUAUGAGAGAGCAUAUUUGCUUGGAAUGUGAGAAGACCUUUAUUACAGCUGUAAAAUUGAAAAUACAUGAGAGAACUCACACUGGAGAGAGACCUUACAAGUGUUCACACUGUGACAAGAGAUUCAGUCAGUUAGGAAGCCUGAUUAAACACAAGAGGAUUCACACUGGAGAGAAACCGUACAAGUGUUCAUACUGUGACAAGAGAUUCAAUCAGUCAGGAAUCUUGAAAAAACAUGAGAGGAUUCACACCGGAGAGAAACCUUACAAGUGUUCACACUGCGACAAGAGAUUCAAUCAGUCGGGAAUCCUUAAAACACAUGAGAGGAUUCACACUGGAGAAAAACCUUACAUGUGUUCACACUGUGGCAUGAGAUUCGGUCAUUCAUUUAGCCUGACAUCACAUAUAAAGAUUCACUCUAGAAAGGAACCUUGUAACCUUGAAGGUGUAAAGUCGCCAUAGUCUAACAAGACUGCUUAUCUGCUUUGUUUCUCUUUAGAUCAGUGGUCCUCAACCACCGGGCCGCAGACCAUUACCGGUGAAUGGAUUCAAUUCAAUUCAAUUCAGCUUUAUUUGUAUAGUGCUUUUACAAUGUAGAUUGUGUCAAAGCAGCUUCAUAUAAAUGGUCAUAGUAACUGGAACAGUGUGGUUCAGGUUUUUAGUGUUUAAGUUCAGUUUAGUUCAGUUCAGCUCAGUUCAGUGUGAUUUAUCAUUACUGAGAGUUCAAACACUGAAGAGCAAAUUGGAUCAAUUGGAAUGGAUCAAUUGGUACCGGGCUACACAAGAAAAAAUCAAUUAAACGGAAAUAAUUAAUGAUCUGAGUCUGAACGUUCAUUUAUUUAGAACAAUUACCCUAUUCUCUCGCUUGCAUCUCGGUCACUUGAGCGCCCAAAUUUAAUCCACAAGUAGCAAAAUGAGCAGGAAACAGACGUCUUUAGAAAGUUUCUUUGCUAAGGGGAAAAGGCCCAGUGAAUGGCGAACUGCCAAGGAAUGGAUCCGCAAUGCACCUGUCAACAAAUCAGGUGCCAACAUCCCAAGUCUCCCGGAAGUUCCUGCCAAAAGAAUGAUAAUCGGCCUUUUAGGCAUAUCACAUAUUGCGUCUUUUCUAGAGUUUACACAAGUUCGUUAUUUCGUAUGGAGGUGUGCGGCGUUCGUGACUUUUAGUCUGGAAGACUCGGCGCUGGCCUUCCAGACCAGAUGCACACAGUUGAAUGAAUCCUGCAAGUGCACCGCGAGUCACAUGACAAGAAUUGACCGAUCAGCUUCAGCUUGUAUGGAAUAUUCACAUUUCGGUAAAGGGCGUGACACACCAGAAGCGCCAAUCAGCGCAGAGACACAGCGCGCACAUUCAGUUGAAAGUAUCACACACCAGACUCGCACAUCCGCAUGGUAUUUAAAAUGUAACUAUUCAGAUGGUGCUGCAGAGAUAUAAACAGCGUCCUGAGUCGUGGCUGGGUGCUGCCAACUUGCGGCGCCAGUGUGUGUACCCUGAUAGAAACCUAUGUUUAAAAUUUUAAAAUGCAUGGCGCAGCGCGUCGCCGAGUGGCGCUUCUGGUGUGCGAGCUGCUUAAGACCAAUCAUCUCAGGCAAACACAGAAUACUCAAACACUGCAUUGCUUUGUAAUUGUUUCCUUAAUUAAAACUUGUAUCAGA